UCUGAGGUACGAGGAAGUGCACAGCUCUGUUAUUUUCUACGCUCGCGACACUGACAUGUAACUAUGGGCGAAGUAUAACUGGAGAAUAAAUUUGCAUCAUGGAUAUCGGCACAAGUACCCAGCAUACUUUUUAAUCGUGUUGAGGCUUUCAUUGCAAGACUCAAGAUCCUUUCCUCCAAUUAUCCCUCCCAUACCUUCCCUGCUGAGCCCCAACGCCCCCAUUUCCCCUCCCUGAGCCCUCAGAAUGUUGGAGGGACUUGUUGCCUGGGUACUCAACACAUACCUAGGAAGAUAUGUCAGCAACCUAAAUACCGACCAGCUUUCCAUCGCCUUAUUGAAAGGGGCGGUGGAGCUGGAAAAUCUCCCCCUGAGAAAAGAUGCCCUUAGAGAGUUUGAUUUACCCUUUGAGGUCAAAGCUGGCUUUAUUGGGAAGAUCACGCUCCAGAUCCCUUUCUACCGACCCCACAGUGACCCCUGGGUCAUCUCAAUGUCCCAGCUCAAUCUGAUCAUCGGCCCUGCACGCCCCCAGGAGUAUGAUGAAGAGAAGGAGCGGGAGGAGGAGAGGGAGCGCAAGAAACUAUUGCUAAAAGCCCUAGAAGACAGAUGGAAGAGUGAGUGUGAGCAGAGAGGAGAGUCAUACUGGUACUCAGUCACUGCCUCUGUGGUCACCAGGAUAGUAGAAAACAUUGAGCUGAAGAUACAAGGUGUCCACUUACGAUUUGAGGACAACUUUUCGAAUCCAGAAAAGCCCUUUUGCUUUGGUGUUUGUAUUAACAAUGUGUCUGCUCAAAACUCAUCCAAAGAACCGACUCAGAAACUGUUACGUCAAAAGCAGCUGGAGAUUGAAGAAUUCAGUGUCUACUGGGACACCGAGUCUAGCAUGCUGGGAGCCCUCCCUACUAGUGAAAUUCAGGAGGCCAUGACUAAGUGCAUGCAGAGCCGGGAGCACCAGUAUAUCUUUGAGCCUGUGUGUGCCUCAGUGCUGCUGCGGAGGAAUGCCUCCAAGGAGCCUCUGAGGUCUCGCCACACGCCUCGCAUCGAGGGCCAGGUCCAGCUGGAGCCUCUGUCCCUACGUCUUUCACAGGUCCAGUAUCAGCAGAUCAUGGCCUUCCUCAAAGAGCUGGAACGUAGGGAGAGGGAGAUGCUUUUUCGCAAAUGGAGACCCAAAGUUCCAGUCUCCGGAAACUGCAGACAGUGGUGGACAUUUGCAAUCCAUGCCAACCUGAGUGAGAUCAGGGAGCUCAGGCGGAGGAGGAACUGGGACUUUGCCCUGCAGCGAGCGCGGGAUGCACAAGUCUAUACCAACCUCUACUUCCAGAGACUAAAGGGAGCGCCCCUUGACCCACAUGAAGAGUGUGAGUUGGAUAGAGUGGAAGAGGAGCAGACUUUGGAGGAGUUGCAGAGUCUAAGAGGAGUAGUUCAUGACUGCUUCCGCAAGCAGGAGGAGAUCGCAGAGAAUGUACGAGAACCCAUCUCUGACCCCCCACCCUGCUCUCCCACUGGCUCAAUCCCUAAGAGUGGGAGCUCAGGGAUGAUCCAGUACCUGCAGUCAUGGUUCCCUGGUUGGGGAGGUUGGUACGGAGACACCCAGGGCCCAGAGAGGGGCCCUGAUGAGCUUCUACCAGGCCCCGCCACAUGGGACAUCCUUGCAGAGACAGAGGACCUAUUUGAUCCCCUUGAAGACUCCCAGACACUGAACACCUUCACCAGGAGGGACCACCUGUUUGCCCGGCUGGAGUUCCUGCUGGAGAAAGGUUCAGUCACACUGUUCCACCAGGACAGGAGGGCAGGCACACUCCAGGAGAGUGGAGUCAUCCAGCUGGAGUUCUCCGGGGUCAAAGUGGGAGUGGAGUCUCUGCCUCGCUCAGAGACCUCUCUGUUCUCUGUUAAGCUGGGUGGGCUGUUCCUCAGAGACCUCACCACCCAGGGCUCUAUCUUUCCUGUGCUAGUUUCCCCCAAACCGAACAGAGUUGCCAUAAAUCAACCUUUUGGGCAGCCCUACAGUGCAGAAACAAACAGCUCAGGCCCUGAAUCAACAGCACCUCCUGUGUUUGAAAUGAUCUAUGAGCGCAACCCUGUGAGAAGUUCAUUUGAGAGGAGACUGGAUGUGAAAACCAGCCCACUCAAUAUCAUCUAUAACCCCCAAGCCAUCAAGAAAGUGACAGAUUUCUUCUACAAAGGAAGGGUCCAUACUUCAGGCUUUGGGUACCAGUCUGAGCUGGAGCUGAAGGUAGCAGAAGCUGCCAGGAGGCAGUAUAACAAGCUGAAAAUGCAGACCAAGGCAGAGAUCAGACAAACUAUCGACCAGCUGCUGGUUGGAGAGUUCAUUGAGAAUAGUAAGCGCUGGACCAUGAAGCUGGACAUCUGUGCACCCCAAGUUAUCUUUCCUGAUGACUUUCAAUCCGAGGACCCCAUGCUAGUUGUGGUUGAUCUGGGCCGCAUUCUUCUCACUAAUUCUCAAGAGGACACAAAAGCCAAGUCCAAGAUCUCUCAGCCAGAGGGAGAGGAGCUGAGUGACGAAGAGUACCAGACUCCACUGGCCACACCUCCCGAGUCUCCAGCCCCUGAAUUUGAGACCAUGUCCAAAGACCACACUAAGAGCCAUGAACUCCCCAGCUUUAAGUCCCCCGAGGGCGCUCAAGCCUUCUGCAGAAACCUGUAUGAAAAGUAUUCCCUAUCUUUCAAAGACUUGCAGAUCAUGGUAGGUCGAUACAAAGACAACUGGAAGCACCUCCAGGAGAGUGAAGUUGGGCCCACUCAUGUGGUAGAGAAGUUCAAUGUGCUGUUGCAGCUGGAGCAGAGGCUGCGUUACACCUCGGAUCCCCAGCUCCCCGGGGCUGUCCUCUCAGGCACUCUACCAGACCUGAAGGUACACAUCAACCUGGAGAAGAUGACUGCGCUCAGGAGCUGUCUAGCCCGGCUUAGCACGCCUGCAGAUGGAGAGGAAAUCGAGGGAAAAGGCCAGAGUGUCAAAUCCCCAGACCCCUUGACACUGCGCCAUGAGAAGAUCUUUCAAAGAGAAGACAGCCAGUGGAAACUCCAGGGCUCAGCUAAAAACAUGACCCAGAGUGUAAUGACCCUGGAGCAGCACACACGAGAAGUCCUGGUGGAGUCUCGGCUCCUCCUGGCCGAGUUCAACAUUAAUUACAUGCAGCUGGGCGUGGAGAGCAACGGACGCUACAUCUCAGUCCUUAAGGUCUUUGGCACCAAUGCCCAUUUUGUAAAGCGGCCUUAUGAUGCUGAGGUUUCUCUAACUGUUCAUGGACUCUUGCUGGUGGACACGUUACAGACCUAUGGCUCUGACUUUGACCUCCUGGUGGCCUCUCACAAACACCUCAGCUUUGAUGUGCCCACAGGCAGCCUCCGUGAAAGCCAACCUUCCUCCCCCAACUCACCUGAGGGAAGAUCCCCUAAGCACCCAUCCUUUCAUCGUGGCUCAUCCUCUGGGAUGCUCUUUGACAAAAUCUCUCCCUUCAGCUCCUUCCUCAGGGACCAGGAGGCCCUAAUCAGGCUGGAGUACCAGUUUGUCAGUUCCGACUGCCCUUCCAUGAACUUGGACAGCUCGCUCCAAGUAACCACCCUGCAGGUCAACAACCUGGACAUCAUUCUCAACCCAGAAACCAUGGUGGAACUAUUAAAGUUCUUACAGCAGUCUUUCCCCAAGGAGGAAACUACCUGGACUCCAUCAACUCAGCAGCCCUCUCCAUUACCUACAGGUGAGGACCAGGAUGAGACCUUCCAGUCCACCUACGAUCAGAACAAAGAGCUAACGGUGGAGAUCCAUCGGCUCAACCUACUACUCCUUCGUACCGUGGCCACAGGGACUGUCCUUGGCAGGGAAAAGAGAGGUAUAAAGAUUGCUACUGCCAGCAUUAAUGGCACCAAGGUCAAUCUGUCCAUGGGCAGCCGUCUGGAUGUCAAUGGUUCGCUAGGGUCCAUGCAGCUGGUUGACCUUACUCAGGAAGGAGGGAGGAGUCAGUUUGUGGUCAGCAUUGGGAAUGUAGAGGAAGAUUCUUCAGUUGGAGGGGUAGCCUUCUUUGCAGGUGCUGGAAGUUCCCCUUCAGAGGCCUUGAACUUUCACCUCAUGGAGAAGUCUCAAGGAGAGUGCUCUUUACAGCUUCAGAUGGCAUCCUUACACUACAACCAUUCUGCCAAGUUCCUGAAAGAGCUCAGUCUGUCUGCCAACGAGGUGGAGGACAACUUCAGAUCUAUGCUGAAAACAGCUGCUACUAAAGUGUCCACAGUGCUGGCCACCAAGACUGCAGAAUACAGUGGGAUGGUUUCUCUUUUUGAGACGCCCUCCAGGAGAUCUCGGACUCAGAGCCAAAGUGGACCUAACUGGACCUAUCCCUUUGAGGAAGAGGAGGAUCUCACUAUACAGGAGGAAGAACCCACUUUAGACUCAUUCAUGGUGAAACUGACCCUGAACGUCAGCAUUGAGUCACCUGUCGUAUCCAUCCCUCGUAAACCUGGUCACCCCGAACUUCUGGUUGGUCAUUUAGGAAGUAUAACCAUACAGAACUUUGUGACUGGCCAGGACUCUCAAGGUGAGAGGUUACAGGUGUUGGUAAAGGAUAUUCGACUCUACUCGCUCAAUACAAGUCACCUUGUUUUACGGAAGACAACCAGAAAUGACAGCAGUGCUGGCUCCAGCAUGUCCCCUUCCCAUAAUAGCAAUGCUAAUCAGGAGGAGCCACAGUUUACCCGCCAUGACUUCUUUGAAUCUCUAAGCCGUGGAAAAGCCUUUCAUAUUCUGAAAGACACAACUAUUCAGUUUACCUUGGAAAAAGUCUCCAUCGAUGAGGAAGAUACCCAGUUCCCCUUUCUAACUACGGAGGAACCAUAUCAAAGUACAGGAUUACUCAGAGUUGAAGGCAAAUUUGUUAACCCAGUUCAGGUGUUCCUGGCCAAGCCUGUGUACGAGCAGGUGUUACAGACCUUGGACAACCUCUCUCUCAUUGAAGAACAUCGAGUGAGUCCCAGUCAGCCUCCCACCCCUCCACCACCCACCCCUUCCUCCACCAAACCCCAUCGCUUUCCAGACCCCCAGGGAGGACUCUUUGCCCGGGACCCACCCCACAUCAGCCUCUCCUAUUCCUCCUUGUCAAACUCGCUUUCAGCUCCCAAGCCCUUGCAGGCCCACAGCCCCCCAUUCCAGCCACCUUCCUUUACUCAGGUGCACGCCACCUUUCGGGUGGCAGAACUUCAGGUGCAGCUCAGUGCUGACCUCACCCAGGGCUCUCAGGGACUUGUCAGCUUACGCUUCCAAGACCUGGAGGGCGACUUCACUAAGGAUCACCCCCAUUCCCUGUCUGUCCAGCUGACAUUGCGCUCCCUGCAGAUGGAGGACCUCCUGGAACAGAACCCAGAGUCCAAGUACAAACAUCUGAUGAUAUCCCGUGGUGCCCCAAAGCCCUCCACAUUUAGCCCCAAGGAGUAUCUGUCUCAGAGCUGCCCCUCCUCCUCCAAUGCCUUGUACCCAGAAAUGCCCCGCUCCCUGCCUGCUCACAUGGAGGAGGCUCAGAAUGUCUUCCAGCUCUACCAGAGGCAUCCCAGUACCCCGUCUGCCAGCAGCCGCAAGAGCAAGAAAGACCCUGCCUGCCCCAGCACUCCUCCACCAUCCCCCACAAGACAAAGCCCUUCCCCACAACCCACCCCAGAUUUUGAUGACUCACUGGUGCACAUCAAUGUGCUACUGGUGGACAGACGGCAUCCAGAGUUCAAGACCCGCUAUGGCAGCAUUGGGCGAAGUGUGGAUGUUGACUUUAACUGCCUAGACGUGCUGAUCACGCUGCAGACCUGGGUGGUCAUUCUGGACUUCUUUGGCAUUGGCUCCACUGCCAACAACCACGCGGUCAAGGUGCCCACCAUGUCCCCCCAGCCCAUGCCAGGGCAUCCUCUGUACGAACCUGGACCACACGACUUGGGAGACAUGUACCCAGACAUUGUGGAAGAGGAGGUGGAGGUGGUCAAUACCAAACUCGAUCUAAAGGUCCAUUCCCUGUCUCUUGUUCUAAACAAGAAGACCAACGAACUUGCUAAAGCGAGUGUGUCCAAACUAUCAGCUCACCUAGAAAUGCUUGAGGGUGACCUGGGGUUGCAGGGGAGUCUGGGUAGCUUGUCUCUGAGUGACCUGACCCCACAUGGUGACCUCUACAGGGAGCGCUUCACCACAAGAGGUGGAGAGGCUCUCGUUUUUAACAUCCACAAGUAUGGACAGCCUGAUCCCGACCUGGAGAGGGAAUGUGACAUCAAGGUGUCCUUACAGAUGGCCUCUGUCCAGUAUGUCCACACACAGCGCUUCCAGGCAGAGGUGGUGGCCUUUAUCCAGCACUUCACCCAGCUGCAGGACGUCCUUGGCAGGCAGAGGGCGGCAAUGGAGGGCCAGGCUGUCCGUGAGCGGCCCCAGAGAGCGUCCCGUGUGCUCCUGGACAUCGAGGCGGGCGCCCCUGUGCUUCUAAUCCCCGAGAGCUCCCGCUCACCACGCCUCAUCGUGGCCAACCUGGGCCAGCUGCGCGUGCGCAACUCCUUCCUGCCUGCAGGCACCCAUGGUACCUUCUCACUCAGAGACAAGGACCGUGUGAGCAGCGCCCAGCCACAGAGCUCAGCAGCCAAGAGCAGUGAGGAGGAGCCUGCUGAGAAGACUAAAGCCCCCGGCCCGGCCGCGCCCUCUGGCCCCACCGCCUCCUCCAUCCCCUCCGCCUCCUCCAUCCCCUCCGCCUCCUCCACCACAUCCUCAGGGUUCACCCUGGACCGGCCCCAGCCCCCUGCUGCUGGGAGGAUCCCUGAGGAGGACACGUCCCUCUACCUGGUGGAGGACCAUGUGUGCCUGCUGGACUGUAUAGCCCUGGACCUGCAGGAGAUGGACAUCUUUGCUGCGGAGCGUCUGCCCUGCCAGCCGUGGGACAGUGCUGGGAAGCAGCCGGACUCUGACCUGGUCUUCCCAUCUUACUCUGUGCGCCGCACCGGAGACAACCUACUCAAGGAACACUGCCGCCUGAAGCUCAAGGUGGAGCGCAACCUCGACAAGGAGCUAUGUCACGCAGUGCCGGACAUGUCCAUUCACGGCAGCCUGUCAUCCGUCCACUGCUCCCUGGACCUGGAGCGCUACCAGCUGAUCAGAGGGCUCCUGGAUAACAACCUGGGGGAACCUGUGGAGGAGUUCCUCCGCCCCUACAACCUGCAGGACCCCAGCAGCUAUACGGUGUUGAGUGGUGAUGUGUACACCAGCCUGUCUUUCCUCGUUGACAUGAUGAAUGUCAGUCUGGAGCUGUUUGACAAGCCGAACGCUAGCGCCCAGAAAUGCUCACUAGCCAGGUUUGACUUCAUGAAAUCCAAGCUGCUGUUUGAGAGUUUCUCAAACGGGUCCAAGUCUGUCAACCUGGUGUCUCACUCCCUGUUGGCAUACGACACUCGCUACACUGGAGCUAGCACAGGUACCAGGGCCAAGCACAACGUCUUUGACUGCAUCCUCCAGCCUUCAAAGACAGGCACCAACCGGGCAUCCCUGCAGCUUGAGCUGCAUUACAGAUCCACACGGGACUCCUCCUGUUUCACCGUGGUGCUCAACAACUUGAGGGUCUUCCUCAUUUUUGAUUGGCUCCAGCUGGUUCGUGACUUCCUGCGGAUGCCCGCGGAGGAUGGGGCGGGCGCCCCGCCCCGCCAGCGCUGGCCCAGUGGCAACAGCGACCCCGGUACCACCGGGGCGGUCAUGCCCAAGACGGUGAAGAGUGGGGUGGUUACCAAGAGGUCCACAGUGACGGUCACCCAGGACCGCUACCUAGAGGUCAAGGUCAACGUGACCGGCACAGAGUUUGUGGUGGUAGAGGACUCGUCUUGUCUGGACACCAGUGCCAUCAUUCUGAAGGGCACCACCGUUCUCACAUACAAGCCUCGUCUUCUGGACCGGCCCUUCUCUGGCAGCCUGGCCGGCAUCGAGGUGUUCUCCUGUUGUUUGGGCAGCGAGCAGGAGACAGCCCUGUCCAUCAUCGACCCUGUCAACAUCCAGGUGGAGCUGUGUGGAAGCCCCACCUACCAGAGCAGCUCUGGCCUGCUGGACGCCUUCAACAUGGAGGACUUCCCCCCUCUGCUGGAGAUCCAGUUCCCUGCUCUGGACAUCCGUCUGUCUUACAAUGACGUCCAGCUCUUCCUGGCUAUCGCCAAAUCCAUCCCUACCUCGGGCACUCCCGAGCUCAGCGAUGCUGCAGACGGUGCCCAUGCCGGCACCUCAGCGGCCAGCCUGGAGCCCACCAGCAGCCUGAAGGACAGCUUCAGACACAAGACUGAGGCUCUGCUAGAGGGCCAGCUGACACGGUUGCAGGAUCUAGGCUUCAGGAAGGAUGACUGCAAGAGAGCCCUUGUCCACUGCAAAGGCCAGCUGGACCAGGCUGCCACCUGGCUGCUGGAGAAUGCAGAGACCAUGGCGGGUCACCCCAGGACCAGGACAGACUCAGACUCUGCCAGCCACUCUUCCACUCCUCUCUCUGGGGUCGAGGUCAAAGCAGAGAGCGUGUGCAUCUGCUUCAUCGACGACUGUCUGGACUGUGACAUCCCUCUGGCUGAGGUGACCUUCUCACGGUUGUAUGUGCUUCAGCGGAUCGGCUCCACCCAGGAGGGCAACGCCAGCUUCACCCUGUCCGGAGACUACUACAACAGAGAGCUCUCUGGUUGGGAGCCCUUCAUCGAGCCGUGGCCCUGUUUCAUCAACUGGCAGCAGCAGGCCGCUGGCCGCCUGCACCCGCCACGCCUCAAGAUGGGCGUUCGUGCCAAGCAGAGGCUGGACAUCAACAUCACCUCGGUCCUCUUGGAGCAGUACAGCACCACCAAGAGUUCCUGGUUGGCAGACUACUGUAAGGAGGAAGAGCAGGCUCCGCAGAGCUCUGCUGCUCUGCCUUGGAUGGGCUCCUCAGUCGACCCCCCCUGCUUCGCACAAACAGACGUGAAGCUGUCCAAGCGCAGGCAGCCCUUCGUGCCCUACGCCCUGCGGAACCUCACAGGAUGUACCAUGUGGUUCGCCACGCUCACCACCACCCCCACCAGGGUGGCGCUGUCUCACAGUGGCAGUGCAGACUCCAUCUCAGACGUGCACGGGCCAGGAACAGACGACACCCACAACGUCAGCCAGUGGCGAGAGGUGCUGCCAGGGGAGGAGAUCCCCUUUGAGUUUGAGGCCCGCGAAAAACUCCGGCACAGACACACUCAUGAGCUGAAGCUGCAUCAGUUGCUGGUGCGUGUUGGUGGCUGGGAGCAGGUCAAACCCGUGUCUGUGGAUAAAGUUGGAGUGUUCUUCCGCUAUGCAGCGCCAGAUCGCAACAAUCCCUCAAACACUGUUGGAAGCCCUAUCAGCAGGACCAACAUCAUACACCCACAUGUCUAUUUCUCUGCCCUGCCGCCUGUCAGAGUGGUGUUCUCCAUCACCAUGGAGGGCAGUGCCAGGAAGGUGAUCACUGUCCGCUCUGCCCUCAUGGUCAAGAACCGCCUGGAGGUGCCCAUGGAGGUCCGCCUGGACAGCCCCUCCGCUCCAGACAAACCGGUAGUGCUGCCCCCCAUCCUUCCAGGCGAGGCCCUGGCAGUGCCCCUGCACCUGACCUCCUGGAGGCUGCAGGCCCGGCCCAAAGGCCUGGGCCUCUUCUUCUGUAAGGUGCCCAUCCACUGGACCAGUGUGGAGAGGCCCGGAGAAAUCAACAGCAGCAAGAGAGAAUGCCAUUCGGCAGACUUUGAGGACCACCUCAAACGCAGCUUCAGGUUUUGUGUGGUGAUCAAAAAAGAGAACUAUCCGGACCAGCAGCCUGCUAAGACCGUGUCGGGCAGUGCCAAGCAGAUCUACCGCCAGCCUGGCCACACCAUCUACCUGCUGCCCACCUUGGUAUUGGCCAACCUGAUGCCCUGCGACCUCAACUACUACAUCAAGGGCACAUCCAUCAAGGGCUCUCUGAAACCUGGCAAGGAGGCCGUGCUGCAUGCGGCAGACACCUCCCAGAACAUGGAGCUAGGAGUGUUGCUGGAGAACUUUCCGGUGUGUAAGGAGCUUCUGAUUCCUCCUGGCACGCAGAACUACGUGGUGCGGAUGCGGCUCUACGACGCCAAUAAGCGCCUGCUGUGCCUCACCAUUCGGAUCAUCCUACGGGCACAGGGCGCUCUCAAGAUCCUCAUCUCCUCCCCCUACUGGCUCAUCAACAAGACCGGCUUGCCGUUGAUAUUCCGCCAGGACAACGGGAAAACAGAUGCUGCUGGCCAGUUUGAGGAGCAUGAGCUGGCACGCAGCCUCAGCCCACUGCUGUUCUGUUACACUGACAAGGAGCAGCCGGCCAUGUGCACGAUGCGGAUUGGUAAGGGCAUCCAUCCAGACGGGGUUCCUGGUUGGUGUCAGGGCUUUUCUCUGGACGGAGGCAGUGGAGUCAGAGCAGUGAAGGUCAUCCAGCAUGGGAACAGGCCAGGACUCAUCUACAACAUAGGCAUCAACGUCCGCAAAGGGAAGGGCCGCUACAGAGACACCCACAUCGUGACCUUUGCCCCCCGUUACCUGUUGGACAACCGCUCUACGCACAAACUAGCCUUCUCACAGAGAGAGUUUGCCAGGGGAAAGGGCACAGCCAACCCUGAGGGCUACAUCUCCACCCUGCCGGGUUCCAGCGUGGUCUUCCACUGGCCCAGGAACGACUACGACCAGCUGCUGUGCGUCCGCCUCAUGGACACGCCCGACUGCACCUGGUCUGGAGGGUUCGAGGUCAACAAGCCCAAGUCCUUCCAUGUCAACAUGAGGGACACACUGGGGAACUGUUUCUUCCUGCGGGCUGAAAUCACACUGAAAGGCGCCACCUAUCAGAUCUCCUUCAGCGACACCGACCAACUGCCUCCCCCGUUCAGGAUCGACAACAUCUCAGAGGUGCCCAUCCAGUUCUGGCAGCAUGGGGUGGUUGACAUCCGUCUGCACACCGAGGUGAAGGCAGGUUCUGUGUUGGACUUUGCCUGUGACGAACCCACUCUGCCCCCCUACCUCACGCUCAUCGUUAAGGGGGCCGGCUCCUCCGAGGUCACUGCCGAUAUGAACUUCUUCCGGGAGUACAACAAGCUCUACUACGAGAACUUCAUCUACAUCGCUGCUACACACACCUUCUCCCAAGACGCUGGGAAGAGGCCUGUGGGGAAGAAGCGCCAGGUGAGCUGUGCUGAACUGGUGCUGGAUGUGGAGCCCAAGACCCAGCGAGUCAUCCUCAAGAAAAAGGAGCCAGGGAAGCGGUCCCAGUUGUGGAGGAUGACCGGCACUGGGAUGCUGUGCCACGAAGGCUCCUCCCCUCCCCAGAGCAAGCCUGCCCAGCCCCGCCCCCUGGAAUCAUCCCUGGUGCUGGACAUUGCUGGACUGGCAGCCGUCACUGACAACAGCUUUGAGCCGUUGAUGCUGAGGAGGCCAGACCCACGUCGCAGCACCACCCAGACAUGGCACUUCAGCUCCAGCAUGCUGACCUGUGGCCUUCCCCGUCUGGUGGUACAGGCUAAGGGGGGUGUGGAGGGACUAUUCGAUGGGGCGGAGGUGGUCCUGGGGCCAGAUUCAGCGCAGAACCAGGUCCUGAUGGAUCCAGGUCCUGAGCAGCAGUUCAUCAACCAGAAGAUGAGACCAGGUUCUGGGGUCCUCUCAGUCCAGGUGCUGCCUGACGGACCCACACGAGUUCUGCAGAUCAGUGACUUUAACCAGAGGCGGAUGAACCGAACCUCCCCAAGCACUGAGGAAGACCAGAAUAAAGACCCCGUUCAGAAGAAGGACCCUGAGCAGGAGCUAGAGGUGUUGGUGAACCUGGAGGAGGGCGUGGGGCUGUCCCUGGUCAACAAGCUGCCGGAGGAGCUGGUGUUCACCACUCUGUCAGGCAUCGACAUCCACUUCACCCGCACGGCCACCAAUGAGGUCCUGGAGCUCAGCGUUCAGAACAUCCAGGUGGAUAACCAGCUCCUGGGCACCACUCAGCCGGUGAUGCUGUGUGUGAGUCCUGGCUCCAGUGACAGCAGCAUUGUUGAUACUGGCUCCGCCCUGCAGAUCAACUCGGUCAAGGUUCCCAGCAAUCUCAUGCUCACCGACCUCUUCAAGCACCUGAUGGUCACCGCCCGCCGCUUCACCGUCAUUAUCGAGGAGAAACUCCUGCUCAAACUGCUGAGCUUCUUCGGUUAUGGACACACAGAAGCAGAGCUUGAGAAGCUGGAUGAGAACCUGUAUGAGAGGGUCAGCGAGGAGGCGGGAGCUGCUAAGCGAUACUACUUUGAGAACCUGAAGAUCAGCCUUCCUCAGGUCAAGCUGAGCGUCUUCACCUCCCACAAGCUCCCCCCAGACCUCAAGGCUCUCAAAAGCACCCUGGGAAUUCCACUCAUCCGCUUUGAGGACGCCGUGAUCAACAUGUAUCCCUUCACACGCGUGCACCCCUACGAGACCCAGGAAAUCAUCCUCAAUGACAUCCUCAAGCACUUCCGGGAGGAGCUGAUCAGCCAGGCGGCUCAGAUCCUGGGCUCCGUGGACUUCCUUGGUAACCCCAUGGGGCUCCUUAACGACGUCAGCGAGGGCGUGUCUGAGCUCAUCAAGUAUGGCAACGUGGGCGGUCUCAUCCGCAACGUCACCCACGGCGUGUCCAACUCUGCAGCUAAGUUUGCUGGAACCCUGUCAGACGGUCUGGGAAAGACCAUGGACAACCGGCAUCAGAGUGAACGAGAGUACAUCCGUUACCACGGUGCUACCAGCGGGGAACACCUGGUGGCGGGGAUUCACGGCCUGGCUCACGGUAUCAUCGGCGGUCUGACCAGUGUCAUCACAUCCACGGUGGAGGGGGUGAAGACUGAGGGCGGAGUCAGCGGUUUCUUCUCAGGCCUGGGCAAAGGACUGGUCGGCACGGUAACCAAACCAGUGGCGGGAGCGCUGGACUUUGCCUCAGAGACGGCACAGACGGUUCGUGACAUGGCCAGCCUCAGUAACCACAGGCUAAGUGUCCAGCGUGUGAGGAAGCCCCGCUGCUGUAAGGGCCCCCAGGGCCUGCUCCCUCGCUUCUCCCCCAGCCAGGCGGAUGGCCAGGAGCAGCUCUUCCACCUCACUGACAACAUCCACUCAGAGUUCUUCAUCGCAGUGGAGCCCAUAGACUCCUACUGUGUGCUCAUCUCCUCCAAGGUGGUGUACUUCCUGAAACCUGGUGAGUUUGUAGACCGUGAAGCUAUCUUCCUGGAGGUCAAGUACGAUGACCUCUACCACUGUCUGGUCUCCAAGGACCAUGGCAAGGUGUAUGUGCAGCUCACCAAGAAGGCGGAGGGCACCAGCAGUGGGGUGGCCAUGCCAGGCCCCUCCCACCAGAAGCCCAUGGUUCAUGUAAAGAGUGAGAAUCUUGCUGUGAAAAUCUCUCAAGAAAUCAACUAUGCCAAGAGCCUUUACUACGAACAGCAGCUCAUGCUGCCUCCCAACGAGAACGAAGACUGCUUGUUAUUAGAGUCCUAACGAGACGUUACCUAGCCAUGAAGUUGGACUUGUCUUUCUUUAGUCGUGAUAUAGUUUGAGGAUAUCUGCACUACUACUUGCUUUUGAUACCCCUAAGGAGGGAGAUAUUGACCAGUCCUUAUCCUCAAAGCCACAAAUACAAGUUGUCCACCUCUUGUUAGGCAAACAAGUGGACACAGCAGACAGACAGACAGACAGCAGACACUGUAAGCAGGUGUCUGAGUGCUUUUGGUGAGGUCGCAGAUUAGUUUGAGUAACUUUUGGGGUCAGGAUUGAGCACCCGUGCACUUGGUAGAAGAACAUAGUGUGAGGGUUUGAUAUCCCAAGAAGCACAUUUAAAUAACUACAUAUGCAAACGUGUUUUAAUGCAUUCUGUACAUUUCCAAGAUUGAGAUUAUUUUGUUUUACAAAGAUGUUUAUAAAACGGUAAAUAUACGUUGAUGUAGAUGUACGCAUCCCAAGUAGUGUUAAAUAUGUUUGUUAAUAGACACUUAUGUACAUAUAUAGCUACAUACCAAUAUAACACUAUCCAACUAUGUACAUAUAUAGCUACAUACCAAUAUAACACUAUCCAACUAUGUACAUAUCAGUUGUGAAGUAUAAAAAAGAGAAGAAGAAAUAAGAUACUGAGGUUGAUGUGAAAUGCUGUACAAAACUGCCUUUAAAAAUGUCUUUAUAUUGUGUAUAAAAGUAUUUUUCCUGGUUGAAGACACUGAAUUAAUUGCACUGACACUGGGGUGUCGCCUACCCACCCCGAUCACAGUAACGCGACCAUGGGAGCUGCCACUUUUGUCUUUAGCCUUUUACAAUCAUGGACCUCAUUCUGGUAUCACUCUACUUUUUAUUUAAUGACUUUUUUUUACCAGUGUCCUUUUUAACAAAUUUGCACCAGAGAGCUACUGGGUAGGUGGUUGGUAUGCUUCCUUGAACCAGACCUGGUCCAAUAGCUUUUGAUUUCAGUCAAAUACUUCUUGCUGGUUUGAUUUGUUUUUGUUGUGCAAUUUUCCAUUGCUCCAUUGGUUGAUCAAACCAAAGUAUUUAAUCAAAAUCAUAUUUGGAUCUAGGUCUGCUCUAAAGAUAGGAAUUUGACUGUGAUGGAAUGGGGCCUAAUAUCCCAAAGCUAGUCACAGUUGGGAAAUGAGCAUUUACCUUGUGAAAGAGUACUAAAUUAAUGAUCUAUUGCCUAAAAUAAAGCACCACAACUGCAAUA